GAUGAGAGUGAAGAUUAUGUGGCUCACAUGUGGCGUCGUGUUGCUUUAAGUUCUAAAGUUACAGCUGAACAGCUCUCAUCUUAUCAGAAUGCAAUAGAAGCACUAACGGUAAAGUGUAGAAUCUAUCUGGUUAAAGAUAGAUUACCUUCUAGAGUUCUCUCAGUGGUUAGUGUAGAAUCUAACUGGUUAAAGAUAGAUUACCUACUAGAGUUCUCUCAGUGGUUGUAUGUUAAUAUGAUGUUUGUAGUACAAUGUAUAAUAUAUAUUUCAGAGUGUAGAAUCUAUCUGGUUAAAGAUAGAUUACCUUCUAGAGUUCUCUCAGUGGUUAGUGUAGAAUCUAACUGGUUAAAGAUAGAUUACCUACUAGAGUUCUCUCAGUGGUUGUAUGUUAAUAUGAUGUUUGUAGUACAAUGUAUAAUAUAUAUUUCAGAGUGUAGAAUCUAUCUGGUUAAAGAUAGAUUACCUUCUAGAGUUCUCUCAGUGGUUAGUGUAGAAUCUAACUGGUUAAAGAUAGAUUACCUACUAGAGUUCUCUCAGUGGUUGUAUGUUAAUAUGAUGUUUGUAGAUGAGAGUGAAGAUUAUGUGGCUCACAUGUGGCGUCGUGUUGCUUUAAGUUCUAAAGUUACAGCUGAACAGCUCUCAUCUUAUCAGAAUGCAAUAGAAGCACUAACGGUAAAGUGUAGAAUCUAUCUGGUUAAAGAUAGAUUACCUUCUAGAGUUCUCUCAGUGGUUAGUGUAGAAUCUAACUGGUUAAAGAUAGAUUACCUACUAGAGUUCUCUCAGUGGUUGUAUGUUAAUAUGAUGUUUGUAAGUGUAGAAUCUAACUGGUUAAAGAUAGAUUACCUACUAGAGUUCUCUCAGUGGUUGUAUAUUAAUCAGUUUCCUAUAGAAGAUAGUAUAGAUCAAUUGUUAACAUCACAUUAUUUAGAAGAACUGACUGAAGAGUUACGUGCCCUUGGUUAUAAUCAUCUCUCUCUACCAGUCUUAGCGUUUCAAGAUCUAAUGGCUCGUGGUAUUUUUAACAAUAAAGCCAUGUCAAACCUCUAUCAUAUUAAGUCUCUGGAGGUGUGUUAUGAACUAGAUAUUAAAACAGGGUGUCUAUUCCAUGAGAAGGCAGUAGGUAAUAUGGAGAUCAGUGAAGAGGAACAGGCGAGGUCACGAGAUGAGAUAGCUAUAUGGAAAGAAAAACAAGUCCAAGUGGCAAGAGAAGAAUUACGUGUCAAAGAAUCACUAGUUCGUCUAGCUACGGAGGGAAAGAUAGAGAAACGAUCUUUAACAUCUAAAACCAUGAACUCUCCUAAUAAGGAAGAGAAACUGGAAACAGUUCAACAUCUUGAAGAUAACAAGAAAGAGAAAAAGAAAGGAAGAAUGUCGGCUAAAAAACCGAAAACACCGGAACUGGAGAAGCCAGUGAUAGAAACAGUGGAUAUAAAAUCAGAGAAGGCUGAAUCUGAGAAAGAAAUUAAAGCUGAAGAUUACGUACCCGUGGUAAAACAAGCUGAUAUAGGCCACACUUUGUUUUUUGUUUUAGAUAUUUGUGUUGGACCUGUGUUUUUAUGUAUUUUAGGUGUAUUACCGAGAGAUAUGAAUCUAACUAUAGAAGAUUUAACAGAUAUACAACAACUAGAUUAUUUAUUCCGAGCUCACGUUAUUCUAGCUCAGAUUCACGGUCGUGGUUCACCAUGUUAUAAAGAUACCUUACUCACAGCUUAUAGUUAUUUACAACGUAUCUGGCAGUUAGUAGAAGAUUAUAUACGAGAAACUCCAAAAUAUACUCACAUGGAAAAAGAUUGGGUAGAAAUUAAACAAUCAGUUGGUGAAGAAGCAAUGUUAUUAUUAAUAAACAGUCAUAGUUUAGCAGGAAAUAUUAUUCCUCUUCGAACACAGAGUUUGUUAUCAAUUGGUAAAUGUUUACAUCUGUUAGGACAGUCACUUCACCCUAAUCCUCCAUCACAGUGGCUUAAUAAACAUAUG